AUGCCGGAACAUAUUCCUUCUCCGACAGCAUCGCGUGCCAUCUACGGGUUCUGCUUGUUUCUUCUCUUCAAAACGUUAUUCAUCCUGUACCUGCUUUGGGCGUUCAUUCCAACGCACAUUCUCGACGGAAUUGGGCUAAGUUAUCUGCCGGACAAAUAUUUUGCGUUGUUUGUUCCGAUUUUGGUACUGGUGGGCGUAACAUUUUUCGCCUUUUUGGUGUACCCCUCGCUGUCGCUCUCGAUGAUGCCGGAAGUGGAUGCCGUAUCCACGAUAACGGACAAUUUCGCCAUCGUUCGCUGUCAGUAUCAGUUUCCGGAUCGGCAGAGGUGUAACAAUAAAAUUGAUCAGCCGUACGAGGACAGUUGGAUGGUGAAACCGAUCUGCUCGAAGCAUUCGAUUCGGGUAACGACUGCCAGUGAUCUGAGGAGCAGCACGAGGAUUUCCAACUAUUGCGAUUGUCUGGAGGAGGAGCGAUGCUUGCUGAAAAAAGAUCCGCGACACUUGGCUAAGCUGAGGGCGAAGCCUAUGGUUCCCGCCGUUUCGGAUUUGAAUUUAGCGGAGGUGAGUAGGGUGCUGUAUCGGAAACGAAGGCGGUAGGAUAAGAUAUGUGGAAUAAUUCAAUCUGUUUAUAAAA